GGAGGCGGGCCGACGGUCAGCGGCAGCAGCACAGCGGAGCGGCGGCGUCGACUCGGCGGUGACAGGGCGUUAUCUGCUGUACAUGUUAAAAACACACCACACCGGGAGGAAGACGCUCACGGAUCGGUAGAAGCACACCAGGAACCCUCAGUCCGUCAUGGAGUCCUAUGACAUCUUAGCUAACCAGCCGGUGGUGAUCGAUAAUGGUUCAGGGGUCAUCAAGGCCGGCUUCGCAGGAGACCAGAUCCCCAAAUACUGUUUCCCCAACUACGUCGGGCGUCCUAAACAUGUCCGAGUGAUGGCCGGAGCUCUGGAGGGAGAUCUGUUUAUCGGACCCAAAGCAGAGGAGCACCGGGGCUUGUUGUCGGUCAGAUAUCCGAUGGAGCACGGCAUUGUGAAGGACUGGAACGACAUGGAGAGGAUCUGGCAGUACGUCUACUCCAAGGAGCAGCUGCAGACCUUCUCCGAGGAGCAUCCUGUGCUGCUGACUGAAGCUCCUCUGAACCCCAGCAAGAACAGGGAGAAAGCAGCCGAGGUUUUCUUUGAGACCUUCAACGUCCCGGCGCUCUUCAUCUCCAUGCAGGCUGUGCUCAGCUUGUACGCUACGGGACGAACCACCGGCGUCGUGCUGGACUCCGGCGACGGCGUCACCCACGUGGUUCCCAUCUACGAGGGUUUCGCCAUCCCGCACUCCAUCAUGCGGGUCGACAUCGCCGGCCGAGACGUGUCCAGAUACCUGCGGCUGCUGCUGCGCAAAGAAGGAUACAACUUCAACACGUCGGCCGAGUUCGAGGUGGUUCGUACCGUCAAAGAGAGAGCCUGUUAUCUUUCUCUGAACCCACAAAAGGACGAGACUCUAGAAACAGAGAAAGCUCAGUACGUCCUGCCUGAUGGAAGCACUUUAAAUAUCGGUCCGGCGAGGUUCAGAGCUCCAGAGCUGCUCUUCAGACCCGACCUGAUCGGAGACGAGAGUUCGGGGAUCCACGAGGUUCUGGCCUACGCUAUCCAGAAGUCCGACAUGGACCUGAGACGCACACUGUUCUCCACCAUCGUCCUGUGUGGAGGCUCCACGCUCAUCAAAGGUUUUGGAGAGAGGCUACUAACUGAAGUCAAGAAACUGGCACCCAAAGACGUGAAGAUCAAGAUCUCUGCUCCCCAGGAGAGGCUCUACUCCACAUGGAUCGGCGGCUCCAUCUUGGCGUCGUUGGACACCUUUAAGAAGAUGUGGGUGUCCAAGAGAGAAUACGAGGAGGACAGAGCUCGAGCCAUCCACAGGAAGACCUUCUAGUCUGGACCAGACCUGCCCUCAGACCCCCAGACAGCUGGAGACCCCCAACAUCUGGGGCCAUCUGCAUCCUGCAUCCACCCGACUGCUUCAAACACCAGGAACUCACCUGCUCAGGUGCAGUUUCCAUGUUUCUCCAUUAGUUCCUGGGUACCGAGGGCAGAGCAGCACUGUGGACUCUUGUUCUUCUCACGUUCUCUAGUCCAGUAUGGUGUCGCCUUCGAAGCCCUGGAGCUUCACAGUAUCAUGACAUGUCAAUAAACCUGAAUGUUUGUUUGUUUUUUUCGUUGAAGUUUCCAUUCCAGACCGAAGAUUUUUAUUUGAUGUCUCUUUUGUAGUUUUUUUUUGCAGGUUCAUAGCUAGUUGGUGAGAUCGGCUCUGUAUUAUAAACUGCAGUUAUGAAGCGGUUAAUUUAUCAUUCUUCUGUCUUUAUCACCACGGAACGACAGGAACAUGUUCAGUUUUAUGUCGGCGUUUUGUCUCAGCUGACGGAUUAAAACCACCUGGAAGAAACGCCUCCAUCUAGUUUUAUUUUCUAAAUGACUCUGCUUCAGGUUAACUCUGACCCCAGCGACGUAGAUUCAACACAAACCUGUUACACCAACCUUUAAAACACGUUUAGAUCCAUUUUACUGCUGCAAGUUUAAACAAAAUACCCUGAAAAACUCUGGUUUGUUGGUGUUUUUGUUCUCAUUUGGUUGAUUUAUCCACAUUUAGUUGUUUUAAAUCGACUAAUCAGUUCAGUUUUUGACAUUUUCUUGAGAUUUGAAGAUGAACAAAUCAUUAGAACUCUUUAUGUCCAUUUUACUGCUGGAAGGUUAAAAGAAAUGCCACAAAUUGCAUUGAAAAACUUAGUUUUUUUGGUUUUUUGUUCCCAUUUAGUUGAUGUAUCUUACAUUAAAUUGUUUUAAAUCAUUUAAACUCUUGAUGUGAAACAAAAACACACAUUUCAGCUCCAUUUUAAAGCUUCAAAUUUAAAAGAAAUACCACAAAAAGCACUAAAAAUCUUUGGUUCUUUGGUGUUUUGUUCCCAUUUGGUUGAUUUAUCCACGUGUAGUUGUUUUAAAUCAACAAAUCAGUUCAUUUUUUGACGUUUUCUUGAGAUUUGAAGAUGCACAAAUCAUUGAAGCACAUUUCAGCUCCAUUUUAAUGCUUCAAAUUCAAACAAAAAUUGAUUUGUUGGUGUUUUUGUUUCCAUUCGGUUGAUUUUUCUUACAUUUAGUUGCUAUAAAUCGACAAAUCAGUUCAGUUUUUGACGUUUUCUUGAGAUUUGAAGAUGCAGAAAUCAUUAAAACUCUUCGUGUGCAGCAAAAACACAUUUUGGAUCAAUUUUACACAUUCAAAUUCAAGCAAAUUACCACAAAAUUCCCUAAAAUACUACUUUGUUGGUGUUUUUGUUCCUGUUGAUUUUUCUUACAUUUAGUUGUUUUUAAAUUGACAAAUUGAAUCAAUUCCAGUAGCUUUAGUUAUGAAGGAGGCGUCUUAAGGUAACCGACAGUCCAAAAACCCCAAAAUCCUCAUUUUACAGUCAUUCAUGGCAAAGAAAAUCAAACCAUCUUUACUGUUAAAAAGUUCAAAACUCAAAAUGUUGGUAAGUUUAAUGUUAAUCUUCUGUAAAUACACAACUAAUCAAUUCCAGUAGUUUGCAAAUAUGAAGGAGGCGUCCUGAGCUAACCGAGAGUCUAAAACCCUCAAAAUAUUCAGUUUACUGUCAUUUACGGCAAAGAAAAUCAGCACAACUUUGCAUUUAAGAAGCUAAAACUGAUAUUUUCUUUUAAAACAAAUUUAGUCAGCCAUAGUGAUUUGUGAUCACUUUUUUGACUCUGCUUGCCCUAAUAAAACUGCUGUUUCCGGAUGCUAACCCUAAAAUGGAGGUGUCUUAAGCUAACCAACAGUCCAAAACUCCCAAAAUAUUCAGUUUACUGUCAUUUAUAGCAAAGAAAAACAAAACAUCUUUACAUUAAAGAAGUUAUAAACUGUCAUUUUCCUGUAAAACACCAUAGUUUUCAUGAAUUUGCCAUCACUUCUUUGGCUGCCUGAAUGGCGGCUGUUAGCUGCAGAUGCUAACUCAGAGGCUAACUUCUGUGUUUUCUAUGGUUCAGGAGGUUUUUCCAGACGUUCCUUGAAGCUACAGCUGAGUGUAAAGUUUCCGUGAUGCAGAGUCAGUGAUGGGAGGUUAAAUAAUCCUGUAAAUGUUCGUCCAUUCGGCUAAUAAAUCGCAGCUCGGUUGCAUGUUCGGUUAGCGGUGAGCAGAAGACUCUGGAUCAGACCCGAGGUUUUGUAAUAUUCCCUCCUUCCUCUCUAGUAAACUCUGAUUUCCCUGCAUCUCCGGGGCAGUGAAGGUGUCGCGUUGCCUUCAGGUCCGGAGCGUCCACGUCGUCCUGCUUCUGGUGUUUUUAAAAAAGAUCAAAUGUUUAAAAAAAAAUGAGGAGCAGUUGUGAAGCAUCUUCAGCCUCGUGUACAGCGGAAUGCUUUUCAGAACAACCACCAGAUCCAUCGGUAACGAACUAAAAAUGUACAAAACUGUUUAUUCAAGUGUUUGCUUUUACUUUUCGUAAAUUCAGUAUAAUAAAUAAGUUAAUGGCUGCUG